AUGGAGGAUCUGCAAGAAGGUCGUCGAGUUGACUUAAAAGCUCGUCACCAACCUCUAGAAUGCUCCCUCCCACUGAAAAAAUACACCGACCUGUUAGCACAAGAAAAGCGAAAAUUAGACUCCGAGAAACCCGCCUCCUUCCUUUCCUUUGUCCCAAAUUCGCUGCUCCGCCGUCGUCCCCAAAUCAUCUGCUCCUCCACGCGAAAUCGCCCCAAUCCAAAUCUUUCGAUCCGCGCCUCCGCCUCCGCCCCAAAUCGUCCGCGUCUGCACGUAGUUCGGUCCGGUCAAGGAUUGACGCCGGUCGUCGACUCGCCGGCCGAGGGCGCUGAGCUCGGAGGUGCCGCCUUUCCGUGCACACCGUUUACCGUCAAGGCCCAAGGGCUAAAGACAAUAAGAUUCAGUGGUAGGUCAAAGCAAAGCCGAAGUGAGAAAACAAAGAGUCCCAAUGUCGCAGUUCGUGACGGGCUUUGA